GAAAAAAACAAAAAAAAAUAAGCUCUUCAGUUCUCUUGACACGUAAAAGAUAUUUAUACUUUGCAUCGCUAUCUUUCCAUUUCAAUGUUAUUUCUCUUGUAAUCUAAGAGAGCAAGGCAAAUAUAAGAUACAUAAAUACUCUGUAACUCAUCAGUUUAUUCUACGCCGUGAAAUAGAAUAGUUCGCAAUGAGUUUAGCUGGAAAAGUUGUUAUUGUAACCGGCGCUAGUUCGGGUAUUGGUGCAGCAACCGCAGUAGAGUUCGCCAAACAAGGCGCUAAAGUCGCACUAGUUGGACGGAAUGAGACAAAUUUAAAGGAGAGUGAGGAGGCUUGUAAAAAAGCCAACAACAAAGUUGAAAUAUUUGCCAUUAUUGCUGACGUCACUGUGGAUGCGGAACGUAUUGUAAAAGAAACAGUUGAUAAGCUCGGACAAUUGGAUGUAUUGGUCAAUAAUGCGGGCAUAGCAGAUACCGGUCACAUCUUGGAUAUUGAAGUUGAACAAUUUGAUCGUAUUUUAAAUACGAAUUUACGUGCAGUCUUUCUUCUAACCAAAUACGCCGCGCCACACUUAAUAAAAACGCAAGGCAAUAUUGUGAAUGUCUCCAGCGUAGCCGGACUACGUUCAUUCCCGGGUAUUUCCAGUUAUUGCACUUCCAAGGCUGCUCUUGAUCAGUUCACACGUUGUAUUGCCUUGGAUUUGGCGCCACAUAAAGUGCGUGUAAAUGCCGUUAAUCCUGGUGUUAUCAUCACUGACAUUCACAAACGUAUGGGCAUGACGGAAGAGCAGUAUGCCAAAUAUUUGGAAGAUUGCAAGGCGACACAUGCACUUGGUCGUGUAGGCGAGGCCAAGGAGGUGGCCGACUCUAUUGUUUUCUUAGCCAGCGAUAAGUCCAGUUUUAUAACGGGCGCAACACUGCCCAUUGAUGGUGGAAGACAUGCAAUGUGUCCGCGUUAAGCUUCAAUUAAAUUACUUUCAUACGUACAUACAUAUUUGUGAAUUAUUUUUGUAUUUUGUGCUAAUAAAAAUUUAU